GCCAAAUUCACCAAAUUAAAAAAAAAAAAAAAACCCAGAUAAAAUUAGUCAUAAUCAAGAAUCAGUUCUGACAUAAAUGCAGAGGGGGAAAUUGGAGAGGCAGAUAUAAAAUAAGAAUCGCCAAUUUUUUUUUCAUUUGCUUCUCAAAAUUCUCUGUACCUGUAAUUCAGCUACCAUGUUUUCAUUAGGCGGAAGCUGCAGCUAUCUGAAUAGCUCUGUUUAUGGGGUAUCAAAAAGCUUGGUACAAUGUACACACAGCAGGGUAUCGCCUCCUUCAAUGGCGGUGGUUUCUUUGGGCUCAAAUAACAGGCAAGUUGAUGAAACCGCCGUAUCGAAACAGAAUGCUUCCCACAUACCAUCUUCGUCAUCGUCGACGGCGGUGGAGAAAGAUUUAAAAUCGUCGGUUUGUGGGGGUGUGGAGGAUGUGUACGGUGAGGAUAGCGCCACAGAGGAUCAGUACAUCACUCCCUGGACUGUCACUGUCGCCAGUGGAUAUCCGUUGUUACGCGACCCUCACUACAACAAAGGCCUUGCCUUCAACGGGAAAGAGAGAGAUGCUCACUUUUUACGUGGUCUUCUCCCUCCCGUAGUUAUAAGCCAAGACCUCCAGGUUAAAAAAAUGAUGCGCAGCAUGCGCCAGUACCAAGUCCCGUUGCAAAGGUACAUGGCCAUGAUGGAACUUCAGGAGAGAAACGAGCGGUUGUUCUACAAGCUUCUGAUCGAAAAUGUGGAGGAGCUGCUGCCAGUUGUCUACACACCGACAGUCGGCGAAGCGUGUCAAAAAUACGGGAGCAUUUUCAGACAGCCUCAGGGUCUCUUCAUCAGUCUCAAAGAAAAGGGAAGAAUACUUGAGGUGUUGAAGAAUUGGCCCGAGAAGAAGAUUCAAGUGAUCGUUGUGACAGAUGGCGAACGAAUCUUGGGACUUGGAGACCUCGGAUGUCAGGGAAUGGGAAUACCCAUAGGAAAGCUAUCGUUGUAUACUGCUCUUGGUGGCAUUCGUCCUUCUGCCUGCUUGCCUGUGACGAUUGACGUGGGCACAAAUAACGAGCAGUUGUUAAAUGAUGAAUUUUAUAUCGGGCUGAGAAGAAAGAGAGCGACGGGGCAGGAAUAUGCUGAACUAAUGGAAGAGUUUAUGUCUGCAGUUAAGCAGAAUUACGGAGAAAAAGUCCUUAUUCAGUUUGAAGACUUUGCAAAUCAUAACGCUUUUGAUCUCCUCUCAAAGUACAGCUCCACACAUCUCGUUUUCAACGAUGAUAUUCAGGGUACGGCAGCUGUGGUCCUUUCGGGGCUUAUGGCAUCACUUAAUCUAGUUGGAGGGACCUUGUCUGAACACACAUUCUUAUUUCUUGGAGCUGGAGAGGCUGGCACUGGCAUUGCGGAACUUAUUGCUAUUGAGAUGUCAAAACAGACUGGUGCUCCCUUGGAAGAGACUCGUAAGAAGAUUUGGCUCGUCGACUCAAAGGGGCUGAUUGUAAGGUCUCGAAUGGAGUCACUUCAACAUUUUAAGAGGCCGUGGGCCCACGAACACGAACCUGUCAAAAAUUUAUUAGAUGCUGUGAAGGCCAUCAGGCCAACAGUAUUAAUAGGGUCAUCCGGAGCAGGACAAACUUUUACGGAAGAAGUCGUUCAGGCCAUGUCAUCCUAUAACAAGAAACCUGUUAUUCUCGCACUCUCAAACCCGACCUCACAGUCGGAAUGUACUGCUGAAGAAGCUUACAAAUGGAGUGAGGGCCGGGCCGUUUUUGCUAGUGGGAGCCCGUUCGGUCCAGUUGAAUAUAACGGGAAAGUUUAUGUUUCAGGCCAGGCGAAUAAUGCAUACGUGUUUCCUGGAUUAGGCCUGGGCUUGAUAAUUUCCGGUGCGAUUCGAGUCCACGAUGACAUGCUUUUGGCAGCUUCGGAAGCGUUAGCCGAGCAGGUUAGCCAAGAGAAUUUAGACAGGGGACUAAUAUAUCCACCGUUUGCAAAUAUACGAAAGAUUUCAGCUCAAAUAGCAGCUAGAGUAGCUGCUAAAGCCUACGAACUCGGGCUGGCGACUAGGCUACCGCCACCGGAGAAUCUAGUGGAAUAUGCCGAAAGCUGUAUGUACAGCCCCAACUACCGUAACUACCAUUGAACCAGUGGCGCUUUUCGUCCCUAAAUUAUUAGUUGACAAUUUUUCGACAUUUUAUUGACAGUUUUUCUUCAUUUUAUUUUUAUUUUUAUUUCAAACUUUUGGGGUCCGUUUUCCUUCCAAUUCUUCAAGUCUCAUUUAACACACAAAAUGCCGAAUUUUGUUCAGAUUUUAUGACAAUGAGAAAACAGCUUUGAGUUUGGGCAAAUUGAGCUCUGUUUGGCUGUGUUAUACUAUUGAGUUUAUUGCAUUUGUUACCCC